AUGGUCUCCUUUGAUGUCGUCUCCCUCUUCACGUCCAUACCGUUGGAUUUGGCAAAACAAUGCACAGAGGAUCUCCUGAAGUCCUGCGACACGGAUGUUCCCGCUAUUGCCUUACUCGAACUCUUAGACCUGUGUAUGGAAACCAAUUUUUCGUUCGACCAACAGUACUUCCAACAACUGAAAGGAGCCCCAAUGGGGUCACCUAUCUCUGGCUUUCUCGCCGAGAUCACAAUGCAGAAACUGGAGGCCACGGCUCUUCCGUUAGUUAACCCUAAAUUGUGGCUGCGAUACGUGGACGACACAUUUGUGAUCGUUAAAAAGGAUCAACUAGAAACGCUCCACAACAUCAUUAACUCAACAAUGCCGGGGAUUAAAUUCACACUCUAG